ACUUUCAACUUCCGGCAUGGUGUGUAUUUGUGGAGCCGAGAAGCUUUAAACGGCCGCACUUCUGUUUCCAGCCAUUAAUGAGCAUCAUCGGAACAUGAAGCGGGUCGGGGCAUGAACAUGGCCCACAACAGAAGCUUCUUCCUCGAAGCCCUGAAUAGAUCUGAGAGCAGGAGAGAUGGAGGCUUCAAGAGCAGCUGGAGCUUCUCGCUUCCUGGUGACGCCGAGGCGGAAACCCGACACCAGGCGAGCGCGGUGAGCGAGGAGGAGAUGGAGCGGCAGCAGCUGAGCCCCCCGGAGGAGAAGAAGUCUCCUUCGUUAAAGCACUACAGUUCUCCCGACCCGCUGAGGACGUGCGGAAACCGACCCAGCAGCCACAUGCGGUCCCUGACCCGGCUGACCCCCCGGAGGUUCAGCGACGUGGCGCUGCCGGUACCGACGCCGUCCUCCACCAGAACCGACCUGAACCUGAUCUUCACCUCGGCUCUUCCUCCAGGGAUCGUCCUGCAGGGCCGCCACUUUCAGCACGCCCAGGUGCCGUCGGUGGGCAGGAAGCCGGGUCAAAGAAACAACUUCUCGUCCACACAGCCGGCCGUGGAAGUGGACAGCAUCGUCCUCACCUGUCCAGAGUCUCCAGAAGAAGAAACGCUGAGCAUCAAGCGGCGCGCCCAGCAGAGGAGGAAACCGCUGGAGGACGUCGGCUUCUCUCCGCAGCUCCAAGCCCCCGAGCCGGGUCGGCCCGCCGUCUACCACUCCGUGUGCCUGAAGUGUCGCCAGCCCAGUGAGCUCGGCAGCAGCUGCUUGACCUGCGGCAGCAGCGAGUCUCUGGCUCCGCCCCCGGGCUCCCCGACCCUGCGACCUCUGGCGGGGCCGCGGCCCGCCCCGUCCUCCCCCGCCCCGCGCCCCGCCAUCCGGUCCAAGGACCCCGCCGGACCCGUCGGGAUCCAGCAGAACUUCUACAAACCCGGCGCUGCCAUGCCGGUGCGCAUCUCGGCCAGCAGGGCGGCGCCGCUGAGCAACGGCAGGAUCCCGCUUCUAGCCGGGACGUCGGGCUGCUGCGGAGCCAAAGGGAAGCGGGCGGCGGCGGGGCAGCCGCCGGAGCUCAACGACCCCAUCGUCCUGUCCAGCGACGAGGAGGAGGCGGAGACAGGCAGCACCGGAAGCGUGAACCGAUUGGACAACGUCUCGCCUCGACCCGCUGACUCCGCCCACUCCUCUCCGGCGCCCUCCGGAGGCCGAGUGGAGGCGGCGGUGAAGAGCACCGCCGAGCAGGAGGAGCUGAACGCUGACUUCUUCGAGGACGUCAACACAAAGAUCACGAUCCCACACCGAGCCCAGAUGAAGGACCAGUUUGGGAAUCAGCCUCCAGCCGAGUCUCUGACGCCGAGGAGGAAGAAGCCCAAAAUGGCGCAUACCAAGUGUGACAGCAUCAUCCUGGAGUGCCGCAGCGUUCGGAUCGGGAGUCUGAGGCGGAUGGUGACGAAGCCCGUCAUCUUUUCUGUGGACGGCAUCCAGGUGGAAGCUGAAGGUGCGGAGCCCGGUACUGUGGAAGACUUUUACCUGCAGACGUCGGAGCUGAUCAGCUGCGAGUGGUGCAGCGUCCGGAAGCUUCCUGUUCUGUUUUUCCAGACGACCGCGGACGAAUGUGUGCGCCUGCGCUCGCAGCUCAACAUGUCGCAGGAGCAGGGGGGCCAGUGGUACGACUGUGCCGCAGAGCACGUAGAUGAGAAGUACAUCGUGCUGAUCUUCGAGAACGGCCUGGUGAUGAAGGAGCAGAUGAUCCUGGAGGACAUCCUGACCGUCAUCGGCCACAACAACAAACUCAGCAGCUUCCCCACAAAGCUGACCUUCGACGAGGCCAACAUCCGCCUGGUCAACUACAACAAGGCGUCCAGCCAGAAGGUCGACAAGGUGAAGCUGGAGCAGUCGCCCCCCAAAGCACCCCCUGCUGGCGGGAUGUCGACUCGCACGCGGAUGGCGACUCGCCAGCAGAGCGGCGCGUUCUUCGACGAAGACGAGGAAAUGACAGACCUGCAGCCGACCUUCUCUGGGCCGGUCAUGAAGCUGAUGGUGUACCCCCCGCCUCCAGCCAAAGGCGGGAUCUCCGUCACUAACGAAGACCUGCACUGCCUUAACGACGGGGAGUUCCUGAACGACGUCAUCAUCGACUUUUAUUUAAAAUAUUUAGUUCUGGAAAGAUUAAAAAAAGAAGAUGCACUAAGGAUCCACGUGUUCAGUUCAUUUUUCUACAAGCGGCUGAAUCAGCGAGAGCGGCGGAGCGGCCCGGACACCGUCAACCUGCCGAUCCAGAAGAGGAAGCACAACAGGGUGAAGACGUGGACGCGGCACGUGGAUCUGUUCCAGAAGGACUUCAUCUUUGUUCCCAUCAACGAGUCGGCCCACUGGUACCUGGCGGUCAUAUGCUUCCCGGGCCUGGACGGCCCGGUCCUGGAGAAGAACCCCAUGUACCUGGACCCGCCCGCGGCCUCUGGGUUGCCCGCCGAGCCGCAGUUGGAGGAGAACAUCCCGGACCACUGCCGGCCGCUGUCCCCGGAUGGCCUGGACUGCUCGUCCGAGGAACCGUCCCCCGCCGUCCCGGAGGAGGCCGACUGCGACCCGAACGAGGCGGGCCAGAACCCGCUGGGACCGGGCCGGGCCGACGCUGAGCUGCAGUUCAGCAGCGAGCUGCACCGGAUCAGCGUCUGUUACGGUUCCGGAAACGGAGAUGACGCCUACGCCUUCUCUGACGACCAGAGCUCCUGCCAGGACGAGUGCAGCGACGACGGGAACGCGGCUGACGACACCGGCGCCUCCGAGACCAGCUUGGCCUCCAAACCCGUCAUCUGCAAACAGCCUUGCAUCCUCAUCAUGGACUCCCUGCGCGGCCCGGCCCGGUCCAACGUGGUGAAGACUCUCAGAGAGUACCUGGAGGUGGAGUGGGAGGUGCGGAAAGCGACGCAGCGGGGUUUUGGGAAGGAGGUGAUGAAGGGCUCCAGCCCCCGCGUGCCGCAGCAGGACAACUUCAGCGACUGCGGCGUUUACGUCCUGCAGUACGUGGAGAGCUUCUUCGAGAACCCCAUCCCCAGCUUCCACCUGCCCAUGAACUUGUCUGACUGGUUCCCCCAGCAACGGAUGAAGACGAAGCGCGAGGAGAUCAAGGAGCUCAUCCUAAAGAUCAAAGGUCAACAGGAAGUGGACAGGAAGGAGUCGGGCCGGGCCGAGGAGCCGCCCGGUUCCCCCGAGGAGGUCGAGGAGACUCCGGGAUCCGAGCCCUGAUAGUCCCGUCUCCUUGGAGACGGUCCUGGAUCGCCUGCCUACGUUAAAAACACAUCAGACUUGAAAUUUGUACCGAGUGAGACAUCACAUGUAAAUACGCUGCCUUUGUAACUUCCUGUUUAGGACUCAUCCGAGCGUUAAGUUAUGGAUCCAUACGCGUCUCGUCCUGCGGGAGGCGCUGUUCUGCACUUGCAUCGUCAUUUUUUAAUCUUGCCUUGUUUUGAGGAGCCGAUGACAAUAAACAGAAGCCUGAGUUCAGAGAGCGCCCCCUGGCGGACAGGAGGCGUAGUAGUUGAGAGCUUGUUGUGUCUGGAUGAAUCAACAUUAAAAACAAACUGAUGCAAGAGCAAA